CGUAACCACAACAACACCAACACCACGACGGCGAAACCACACAGUGCAUUCGAACCUCUCACUCCACAGAGUUAAAGAGGCCACGCUUAUAUCAACUUUGAUCAUUGCGAAGCGAUGACAAAAUCUUCUCACUGGGAACCGUGCUCGGGAUGCGUGUGUUCUAACCAUCAUAUCCCUUCAUACAACUUCGCUCCAGUGGCCUCUCUCUCUGAUAAUCCAGAAUGGACGCGUCUAACGCGUACGAACGACCUGCCUUUACCCUCCCAAGAGGACGCAUUAUCAGCGAUGAUAACCUCGUACAAGCAGAAGCUACACCAUCUCGACUUGGAGAAAGCCAGCCUUCAUGAAUUUUUACUCGACAUGGAGAAUCUACUGGACGAAAAGAUGGAUAUGUUGGACGAGGAGAGCGCGCGUAUCUCGGAGGCGAUCCGUGAAUGCCAAGGCAUUGCCAGUCCGAUUCGGCGCCUGCCACCCGAGUUGCUUGGCCAGAUAUUUCUUGGCGCUAUCGAGGCACGCUCCUAUACGGAUGCAAUCAGGCAGGAUGAGGUCGACGAAACGGUAUAUGUACCACUGUCUAUUUCAUGCGUCUCAGCCACGUGGAGAAGUAUAGCACUGUCCUUCCCAAAGUUGUGGGCUUCCAUCACAAUCGAGAUUAAUUCGAAUGGCUAUCACGAAGAGGAUGCUAAGAUGGAACGGACCCGCUUCCAUCUGGACCGCUCGCAAGGACACCCACUGUCCAUAUCCAUCUACGACUAUAUCGGCCUCUCGGCAGACUUCAAUCUGCCUCCACACGCGAUUACGUCCUAUCCUUAUCCUCCGCCCGCAUUCGAGAGCUUUCUCUUCACCUAGACGCAAACAACUUCUUCAAGAUAUCUGCCCUACAACUAUCCUUACCAUUGCUAGAGA